AUAGGUAUUUUCAAAGACACGGGAAGCAGCAGCCACGUCGAACUUCAUUUCCCAGGAGGAAAUGUAAUCCGUCAGUUUUAUACGAUCUACGAGCUCAGACAGGCAGUGCAAGGGACGACUCAUCUGAACGGUGUCAAUUCUGUCUGUCUUUCAAUGAUUAUUGCAUUUGCAGUCAAAACAGGCAACAUUUAAACUCACUUGGCUAUAAAUAGUGAAUCCCUAGCCCCCCGCCCGCUACCCUUGCACAGAGAUAUGAGCGGCAGCGGGCGGCCCAGAACUAGCUCGUUUGCUGAGCCACAAGGUGUUCCCGGAGCCACUGCAGCAUCCACUGGAUCAGCCGCUGCCGUGGGGAGCAGCACGGGAAAGACCGGGGUCCCGCAGGCCUCGGGGAGCAGUUCGUCUGGAUGCUCGAAUUUAAAGCUGUCCAGGGACAGUGGGAAGGUGACUACAGUGGUGGCCACAUCUGGGCAGGGUCCCGACCGUCCACAGGAGGUGUCCUACACGGACAUCAAGGUGAUCGGGAAUGGCUCCUUCGGUGUGGUGUACCAGGCGCGCCUCAUCGACAGCCAGGAGAUGGUGGCCAUUAAGAAGGUGCUGCAGGAUAAGAGGUUCAAGAACCGAGAGCUACAGAUCAUGCGAAAGUUGGACCACUGCAAUAUCGUGAGGCUACGCUACUUCUUCUACUCUAGUGGUGAAAAGAAGGAUGAGGUGUAUCUCAACCUGGUGCUGGACUUUGUCCCGGAGACCGUGUACAGGGUGGCCCGGCAUUUCAACAAGGCCAAAAGCAUCAUUCCGAUCAUUUACGUCAAGGUGUACAUGUACCAGCUGUUUCGCAGCCUGGCCUAUAUCCAUUCCCAGGGUGUCUGCCACCGAGACAUCAAACCCCAGAACCUGUUGGUGGACCCUGAAACGGCCAUCCUAAAGCUCUGUGACUUUGGGAGUGCUAAGCAGCUGAUUCGUGGGGAGCCCAACGUGUCGUACAUCUGUUCGCGGUACUACCGCGCCCCAGAGCUCAUCUUCGGCGCCACCGACUACACGGCCAACAUCGACAUCUGGUCGGCGGGCUGCGUGCUGGCCGAACUGCUGCUGGGACAGCCCAUCUUCCCCGGGGACAGCGGAGUGGACCAGCUAGUAGAGAUCAUCAAGGUUUUGGGAACUCCAACACGUGAACAGAUUCGUGAAAUGAACCCCAACUACACAGAGUUCAAAUUCCCCCAGAUCAAAGCGCAUCCCUGGACUAAGGUGUUUAAGCCUCGCUCCCCUCCGGAGGCCGUCGCCCUGUGCUCGCGCCUGCUGGAAUACACCCCGGUCACGCGCUUUUCGCCCCUGGAGGCCUGCGCUCACUCCUUCUUCGACGAGUUGCGCCAGCCCAACGCCCGGCUGCCUAGCGGCCGAGAGCUGCCCCUUCUCUUCAACUUCAGCACCACCGAACUGUCAAUCCAGCCCCAGCUGAACUCCACCCUCAUUCCUCCUCAUGCCCGCGCACAGACUGCGUCCUCUGAUGGCUCUGGGUUAGACGGCUCUUCUCAGCACGGCUCUGUACCCGGAUCACUAAACAACAGCACCUGAAAUGUCCCUGCAAACCCUCGGUCUGCCAGCCCGACACACACACACACACACACACACACACACACACACACACACACACACACACACAUUGUAUUGCUUCUUUCUUCCUCGCUGCUUGUUAUUUUUCCCCAUUGGUUACAAACAUACCUUUUUUUGUACUGUACAUACAUUGAACAAACCAUUCAUAGCCGGAAGAGGAGGUCAUUAGCUGACAAGGUAGUUUUGUUACAUGAAAUUGAAACUCGAUCAGCACUACAGGCUAAGAGUUGGAGACACAAACACACUUUCUCAUGUACUGACACCUUAAGUGUUAUCCCACUCCCUCGCUGCAUCUCCUUUGGCCCUCUUUCUCUCCGGCUGUUUAUAACACUCAUGUCCCUGCUGUUGGGGGUGACAUUUAAAGCUCCAGUAGGUGGGACAGGUCCUCGCUAUAAUACUUUUUAAAAUCUUUUUUUCUUUUUUUAAAUCAAGGUAUUUUUUUCUUUUUAUUCUGUUUUAUUUAUUUGACUGAGAACUUCAUGAAGAGUUCCUGCCACCACCACACACAAAGUGAACAGGAGUUUGUCUCUAGAAGCCAAUUGAGGUGUUUCCCCAGUUAGUCUACGAUGCGACCAAAUGAUUCUAAUGGGAUAAAAUGGUGUUGGUUGCAAGAUGGAGAGAUGAAGAGGCUGUGUUUUGUUUUAUACUUUUAAAUUAUAUUUAAAAAUAGAUUAAAUGACAGCUGCUUUUUUCUUUUACUUGUAAAUGUAUUUAUUUUUUAAUUUGCUUCGGAAAAGGCACUGAGUUUUUACAUUGAAACGGGAGUGCAAGUUAUAAUUGGUAGCCGUACUUGCUAGCAAUUUCCCAUGUGUGUUGAGGACCUAAAGGAAAAGAUUUGACAGAGGGUGGUGGAGUUUGAGAGAUCCAGGAUUCACAUCUAUGUAGCAGCAUCUCUCCCACUGACAAUCCCAAACUGAGCCUACUUUUACUGUCCGUGGGAAGACGAUCAAGGUGCUAUCGAUGAUUAAGACUGCUGUGGUAGUCAAUUGUCACCUUCCUAUUGGCUUCAAUAAAUGGCAUACCAUCAAUUAUAUUUGGUGCUUGUUAUCCAUUCAUAGCAUGAACUCUUCAGAACUCUUGAUUUGAAAGAGGGAGCUUUCUGAAACUAUAAACAAACCCGUGCUGUGUUUUGAGAUGUUAAUUUCAAAUUUGCAGUGAAGAAAGUGGACUUUUCGCAGCACACUUAAGAAUCUAAGAAAUAAUCUUUGUCAGUGUGGCACCCGUCUAGAUUGUAGAGGACGAAGGGAUUAUCAACUAUGGGGGUUCAGCCAUAUGGACAUAAAUAUAUACUAUAUAGAGUAGUUAACUCCAGUUUGGACUUUGACACAGACCCAUGAUCCCAGUUCCUUAUAAUAAAUUAUCUGAAAUGGGAGUCAAGGUGGGUCUGUGUGAAGACAUACUCUGUUACUGGUGUAGAAGGGCAGAUGGCUAGUUCAUAGUAGUCCUAUAGGCUUGUACUUUGCUAUGUGCUUGUGGGAGUUCAUGAGAAUAAGUGAGAAAUUGAAGGGUGGGGGAAUAGCGGAGUAUUUGUGUGUUCAUGUGAAGAAUUGUACCCGCCAAUUCAAACUGCACCGUUUUUAAAAAGCCAGUGUUGUAGGUUUAGCUCAGUUCUCAGUAAUGACCACUUGAAUGCUUUCUAGUGCAGGCGCGUUAUGCUAUUGUACAACCUCAGCCACCCCCUUGUAUGAACAACCCUCAUGUGCUGACAUUGAUUUAAAUAACUCAUUUUCCCUCCCUUUAUCUCUUUGAAGCCAUCUGCUUCCUAGCCCAGAAUCCCAACUGAUUUGCUUGAAAUGUAGCAUAUCGUUUUGGAUUCCAUUUGCUUCUCUCCCUAACCCAUGCCCCCCCCCCCUCAUCUUAUUGCACAUCUGUAAAUAUCACCCACUUUUUUUCCAUUUUCCUCGUUAUUUGUAUUAGCGUUUAUUUUCCAUUACCUGUUGAAGCCGUCCGUAACUGACUGGUCUCAUUUCCAUUCAAAAGUCUGUAAAUACAAUUUGUUUUCGAUGUCCUGAUUUAAGAUGUAAAUACCCCCCUAAAAAAAAAAAAAAAAAAAAAAGAUCUCCCUAUUUGUUGUCUCUCUCUCCAUCUCUCUGGUUGUGCACCCCAUCAACAUACGAUUGUACUGUAUCUCGCUGCUUUAUUUAUUGCUCACUUGGUGUUCUCUCAUGUAGGGAGAGGUUGAGGCACCUAACUGUUUUGUGGGCAUUAUGUCAAAUGUACUGUACUUGGCACCUACACAUUGGUAUUUUAAAGCAAGUUACUUUUUUGAAUGGGGAAAAGGUGUUUUGGUUGGACAUAUCAAGAUUUAAUCACUCUGGUACGAUUCCAACUAAAUAAUUUCCAGUUUCACAUAUGUACUGACCUAUGACAGGGACAUUUGAGUGUGGGCUGUUUUGAGUUUACCAGACAACCAUUCGGCCAAUGACUUGCCCCCCAUUCAUUACAAUGGGUACCUAAAAGAAGAUUUCAAGUGUGUGAAAGUGUCAUGUUGGGUGCAGAGGAGCCAUAAUACCUUUUUUUACCCAGUGUAAUGUGAAGGGUAAACCUGAGGGCCAUGAUGGCGACAAGGUCGGUUGAUGCAGCCAGCCCCCCGCCCUUGACAAUGCCUGAGCCCAUCACGGACAAUUCUGACCUCUGCUGCUUUUAAAAUGGCAGCCAUAGACAAAAUUCAGUGACUGCAGUACGACGAGCCAUGUACCAACCCCCCUCCCCUUCUGUGUGUGCUUCCGUGAGCGUGUGUGGAAGUGUGUGUUUUAUGUACCUGCCUAGCUGCUGGUUUCAUAACUAAAUCUUAGCAGUAUCAGGCUACUAGUGUUUAUCCUAUAAGUACCAUGUUGCGUGUGUAUCAACAUGUGUAUGUAUAGCAACCCAAGUGAGGUCACUUUUACUGUUCUGUGACGUGGAUCAGUCAUUUUUCAUUCCAAUCCUGUUUCAAUUGCGUCAUCCUGGCCAGGAGAACUGGUGUGUGUUUUUGGGAUGAGGGAGGAGAGUGAAGGAGGGAGAGAACCAAACUGUCUGUAUGAAAUGAUCUCAUUUAAUAAAGUGUAAAAUAGGUCUGAAAAAUCGAA